AUGAAGGUCUUUACGAUCCUCGUUGCCAUGAUGGCAUCCAUGGCGAUGGCUGCUCCUAUCGACGCUCCUGCUGAUUUGGUCGAUCGUGGAGUUGGAGGAGGUGGCAAAGGCAACGGUAGUGGCGGCUUCAGGCGUGAGAUCGUCGUGGAAGAAAGAGGUGUGGGUGGCGGCGGUAAGGGAAAUGGGAGUGGUGGCUUCAAGCGAGACAUUCAACUUGAAGACCGAGCCGGAGGUUUCAAGCGUAACGUCGUCGUCGACGCUCGUGGUGUUCGUGGUGGUGGCAAAGGAAAUGGGAGUGGUGGCUUCAAGCGAAGUCCCGAUGUGGAAGCCCGUGGCGUUGGUGGCGGUGGGAAAGGUACCGGUAGUGGUGGCUUUUAA